CCAACGAUACACUGUACUAGUAUACUGCGUAGUAGUAAUACAGUCCGAUUCGAUCCUGUUAUUCACCAGAUCCAGUCAGUCCUGGUGCUAUAUUCUUCACCUAGUUGUACUGUAGUCAGUGCGUCUCUCACAACACCACCACCACAUACUUACACCCCCAUGGUUGCCACGAUCCGCAAGCCCGCGCCCGCGUUCACCGCGCCCGCCGUCGUCAACGGCGAGUUCGAAGACAUCAGUUUGUCCGACUUUCUGGGCAAGUACGUGGUCUUGUUCUUCUACCCGCUCGACUUUACGUUUGUAUGCCCGACCGAGAUCAUUGCGUUCUCGGAUCGCGUGGCCGAGUUUGAAAAGCUCAACACGGUGGUGCUCGCGGCGUCGUGCGACUCCAAGUUCUCGCACUUGGCGUGGAUCAACCACCCCCGCAACGACGGCGGCCUCGGGCCCAUGAACAUCCCGGUCAUUUCGGACAUCACCAAGAAGAUCGCGCGUGACUAUGGCGUGCUCAUCGAAGAUGGCGACGACGCCGGCGUGCCUUUCCGCGGCCUCUUUAUCAUCGACUCCAAGGGCACCCUGCGCCAGAUCACCGUGAACGACCUGCCCGUGGGCCGCAACGUGGACGAAAUCCUUCGACUCGUGCAGGCGUUCCAGUACACGGACGAGCACGGCGAAGUGUGCCCCGCGGGAUGGACCCCCGGUGCCGCCACCUUGGUCGCCGACCCCAACGGGUCCAAGGCGUACUUUAACAAGACUCAUCAAUAAAGUCUAGUCCGUGGUCACAGCACGUAUGACUAGUAUUCAGUAUUGGUGCCAUGCGAGUAAUUAGUACUUGUUUAUAUCGUUAGUUUGGUAAUCGAUCUGCUACGUAGUACACUUACUACUAGUAUACAGAUAGGUCAAGUGGAUUUAUUACUAGUAACGUUAUACAGGAAAUCUGGAGCGUGUAC